AUGAAGCAAUCAUCAGUUGUGUUGAUGAAUAGAGAUGGGUAUGACUCAUCUGGUGAAUGGAAGAAGAUGAUAAUCGAGGAACUGAAGAAGCAGUUGUGGUUGUCUGGACCUCUUAUAGUAAAUAAUGUCUUGCAGUUCUGUUUGCAGUUGAUCUCAUUCAUGUUUGUGGGUCAUCUUGGUGAACUUACUCUAUCCAGUUUCUCAAUGGCUUCUUGUUUUGCAGUAGUUACCGGUUUCAGCGUGUUGAUUGGAUUGUCGAGUGCAUUAGAUACAUUAUGUGGGCAAUCCUAUGGAGCCAAAAAAAAUCACAUGCUAGGCAUACAUAUGCAGAGGGCCAUGUUUGUUCUACUCCUUGUUUGUGUUCCCAUUUCCUUCAUAUGGGCUAACACAAGUAACAUUCUAUUGGCUUUCGGACAACAACCGGAUAUAGCAGCAGAAGCUGGAAUAUAUACUCGUUUCUUUAUUCCAUCGCUUUUUGCCGUUGCUGUUCUUCAGUGCCAAUUCAGGUUUUUGCAAACCCAAAAUAUUGUCUUCCCGGUGAUGAUCAUAUUUGGAGCUACAACCUUACCACACAUUCUUGUGUGUUGGAUACUGGUUUUUAAAACUAGCCUCGGUAGUAAAGGUGUUGUGAUAGCUUAUGGCAUCACUUGUUGGAUCCAAACCUUACUAUUGGCACUAUAUAUUAAGUUCUCUAAAGCCUGCGAAACGACUUGGACUGGUUUCUCAAUUGAUGCAUUUCAUGAUAUCCCCAACUUUCUACGGCUUGCUAUUCCUUCAGCUUUUAUGGCAUGCUUGCAGAUAUGGUCAUCUCAAAUAAUAAUUUUGCUAUCGAGUUUUCUUCCUAAUCCAAAGCUAGAAACAUCAGUCUUAUCAAUCUGCGUCAACACAGCUCAAAUCGUCUUUAUGAUCCCAUUGGGGCUUAGUGCGGCAGUAAGCACUAGAGUCUCAAAUGAGCUAGGAGCAAAUCACCCUCAAGCUGCACGUCUAGCAACACAGAAUAUGCUUUACAUGGUCAUCCUGCAGGGCUUCUUAUUAGGCAUAUCAAUGAUAUUGAUGCGUCAUAUCUGGGGCUAUGCUUUUAGUAAUGAACAAGAGGUUGUAACCUAUGUAGCAGCAAUGAUGCCAGUGCUUGCUGUCUCUAACUUUUUUGAUGGAAUUGAAUUUGUUCUUUCAGGCACGGCUAGAGGAUGUGGUUGGCAGAAGAUAGGUGCUUUUGUUAAUCUGGGAGCUUAUUACCUUGUCGGGAUUCCUUCUUCUCUCUUGUUUGCUUUUGUACUACACAUGGGAGGAAAGGGACUUUUGCUUGGGCUUAUAUGCGCAAUGCUUGUUCAAGGAUCCAUUUUUAUGAUCAUGACUCUGUAUACUAAUUGGGAGGAAGAAGCCAAAAGUGCAAGAGAACGAGUUUACUGCUCCAGUAUUCCAGUGGAUUUUGUAGAUCCCAAAUUAUGCACAAGGAUUAUCAAGAUGGAAGCAUGAUGGAAUUUUAUUUUGCAGUGUCAUACAACUGAAUAUGAGGAACUCUUAUGUUGCCUUGUUCCCUCAAAUUAUUUGUAUCCGGAAAAGAUAUAAUAAAAAAUCAGUCGAAUUUAAUCA